GAGCUUUCGCAAGAAGCCCAUAUGUUGGUAAAACGAGAACUUGGAACUGCCCCCCUUGUUAAGUAGCCGAUGGUGGAAGGAGUCUUCCCACUUGGAAAUAGGCUUUUCCGCCUAAGACAUCUGGCUUGUGGAGGCUCCGGUAGUCCCCACAGAGGACAGAGGGGUCAAUUUCUCUGUUGGUUCACAGAGUGAGGGGCUUCAAGCAGACUGAUCUCAAAUCUGCUUCAUUUAGUUUAUAGCGGGAGCUUUAAUUGAUUGAUUGAUGCGCUGCUGAUCCUUCAGGGUGAAACAUGAAGAUAAGGUUGUCGCUGGCCUUGGCUGCCUUCCUUGCAGCCCUGCUGUCCUCUAUAGAUGCUCAAGUGGAACCACCCUCAGAUUUGAAAUUUAAAAUACUAAAUGAGAACACAGUGGAAAUGUCAUGGGUUAGACCCUCUGUAACGAUAGAGGGCUUCAGAAUACAAGUUGUAUCAGAUGCAGAUGAACCAGCAAGAUAUUUGAGCCUCGGUGCAGAGACUUCUACAACGUCCAUCACUAAUCUGACACCUGAUUUAGACUAUACAGUGUCAAUAAAUUCCUAUUAUGGUUCAGAGGAGAGCAUCCCCAUCUAUGGACAGCUGACAAUUCAGUCAAGUAACACCAGUGGACGAGUCAGGAGGCCACAAUCAGAAGCAAUCAAGUGUUCUGUGAGUGCUCUCGCAGAUUUAGUUUUCCUGGUGGACGGUUCAUGGAGUGUGGGCAGGGAAAACUUUAAGCACAUCCGUAGUUUCAUCGGUGCCCUAGCAGGGGCCUUUGACAUCGGCGAGGACAAGACCCGAGUAGCUGUGGUUCAGUACAGCACGGACACCCGCACAGAGUUCCCCCUCACCACUUACACCAGAAGAGGAGACCUGCUCCAAGCCAUCAACUCACUGCCAUACAAAGGAGGGAACACUAUGACUGGCGAUGCCAUAGAUUACCUGAUAAAAAACAUCUUCACUGAGGCAGCUGGCUCAAGGAAAGGUUUUCCAAAGGUAGCCAUGAUCAUAACUGAUGGAAAAUCCCAGGACCCAGUGGAGGAGCAUGCUGAAAAACUUAGGAACAUUGGAGUGGAAAUAUUUGUUCUAGGUAUCAAAGGAGCAGAUGAGGAUGAGCUCAGGGAAAUUGCCUCUAAACCUCAUGGGAAGCAUGUUUACAACGUGCCCAACUUUGACCUAAUCCAAGAAGUCCAGAAAAAGAUCAUCACUGAAGUUUGCUCUGGUGUAGACGAGCAGCUUAGCUCUUUGGUCAGUGGGGAAGAAAUGGUGGAGCCUGCCUCUAACUUGCAAGUAACAGAAAUUGCAUCUAAGUCAAUGAGGGUGACUUGGGAUCCAUCCCCGGGUGAUAUCACCGGCUACAAGCUUACCCUUAUUCCCAUGGUACCUGGAAUGAAGCGCCAAGAGCUGUACAUCGGACCCACGCAGACAUCUAUAAAUGCACGAGACCUGUCCCCUGAGACCGAGUAUGAGAUCAGCUUAUUCGCCCUGAAAGGUCUGACCCCAAGUGAACCCAUACUGGAUCUGGCGAAGACUCAGCCUGUCAGGGUGUCAACUGAGUGCUCUCUGGGAGUGGACGUGCAGGCUGAUGUGGUGCUACUGGUUGACGGCUCGUAUAGUAUUGGAUUAAAGAACUUUGCCAAAGUCCGUGCCUUCCUGGAGGUUUUGGUCACUUCCUUCGACAUCGGACCUAAUAAAAUCCAGAUUAGCUUGGUCCAGUACAGUCGAGAUCCACACACUGAGUUUGCCCUAAACACCCAUAAUGACAUCAAUGCUGUUGUCAAAGCUGUGCGCAACUUUCCCUACCGUGGUGGUUCCACAAACACUGGCAAAGCCAUGACGUAUGUCAGGGAGAGGAUCUUCAUCCCAGCUCGGGGAGCGAGGGAUAAUAUUCCUCGCGUCAUGGUCCUCAUCACAGACGGAAAGUCAUCUGACUCUUUUAAGGAUGCUGCAACCAAGUUGAGGAAUAUUGAUGUGGAGAUCUUUGCUGUUGGUGUGAAGGAUGCAGUAAGAUCUGAGCUGGAGGCCAUUGCCAAUCCACCAGCAGACACUCAUGUCUACGAGGUGGAGGACUUUGAUGCCUUCCAGAGAAUUUCCAAGGAGCUGACUCAGUCCAUCUGUCUAAGGAUUGAACAGGAACUUUUGAAGAUAAAAAAGAAAAGUCUCCUUCCUCCUCAAGAUUUACGGUUCUCUGAGAUCACCUCCCGAAGCUUCCGUGCUACUUGGACAUCUCCUGCUGCUGCUGUUUUGUCUUACCUUGUGCGUUUCCGCAAGGCUGAAGAUGUCACCGAAGACUAUGUUUCCCUGAUAGUGUCGGGUGAUACCACCACGUCCAUUCUUCCUAAUCUUUAUCCAGUCACGACCUACGAAGUCAAUGUCUUUUCUCAGUAUGACAAAGGAGACAGCUUUCCUUUGACUGGUGAAGAAACAACUCUUGAAGAGCAAGGCCCUGUGGGGAACCUGCGAGUGACAGAGGAAACAACAAACAGUUUCAGGGUGUCAUGGCUUGCUGCUCCUGGUUCUGUGAUCAGGUACCGUCUAUCGUAUGUUCCUCUAAGUGGCACAGGAGAAAUACUAGAGGCCCAGACAAUUGGCGCAGAAACUACCAUAGUUCUCCAGGAGCUCUUUCCAAUCACCACCUACCGUGUCUCUGUGUCUCCCGAGUAUGCAAGUGGCAUCGGAAACGAAAUGUUGGUGGAUGGUACCACCAAAGAGGUUCGGGGUUCUCCACGAGACCUUCGUGUCUUUGAAGAAACAAUAUCAACAAUGAAACUAGCAUGGCAGGCUGCUCCAGGAAAUGUCCUUCAGUACCAAAUUGCAUAUAAACCAGCAGAAGGAGGUGAGAGGAAGGAAAUAUCUGUCAAGGGAGAUACCACCAGGGCUAUGCUGAAGAACCUCCAACCAGCCACUGAAUAUGAGCUGUUUGUUACCGCACAAUAUUCCACUGGCGUGGGAGUUCCUCUUCUGGGUACAGGAACCACUUUAGAAGAGCUCGGCUCACCCAGAAACUUGGAGACCAAAGACGUCACCGACACCAGUUUUAGAGUGUCUUGGACGGCUGCCCCUGGUAAUGUUCGCCUGUACCGGGUCGUUUGGAAAUCCAUGUUCAGUGACGAGACGGGAGAAAAGACAACUCAAGGGGACACCACAGUCACCGUCCUGGAUGGUCUUACCCCAGAGACACGUUAUCAGGUGUCUGUGUUUGCUGUCUAUGGCCAUGGAGAAGGCCAGCCACUGGUUGGAGAAGAAACCACUGAUAUCUCAGCCGCUGGCAAAACAAUAAUCGUUUCGGAUGAGACAGAAAAGACCAUGAAGGUGACAUGGCAGCCAGCACCCGGAGACGUAGUAAACUACCGCGUUACCUACAAACCACAGCCAGGAGGGCGCCAGCUGGCAGCCAAAGUACCCGGUGGCACCACCUCCACUGUUCUAAGACGCCUUACCCCUCUCACAACCUACGACCUCACAGUUGUGCCGGUCUAUCGUUCUGGAGAAGGCAAAACAAGGGAAGGAGAAGGAACAACAUUAUCACCUUACAAAGGUCCAAGGAAUCUUCAGACUUCUGAACCAACAAAGACAAGUUUCAGAGUGACUUGGGACCCGGCUCCCGGUGAUGUUAAGGGCUACAAAGUCAAAUUUCACCCCGUUGAGGAUGAUAUAGACCUGAGAGAACUUCUGGUUGGUCCCUAUGACAAUACUGUUGUGCUAGAGGAACUCAGAGCUGGUACUAAAUACACAGUGAAUGUGUUUGGUAUGUUUGAUGGAGGAGAGAGUAUGCCACUGGCUGGAGAAGAGAACACAACUUACUCUGAUGCACCUGAACCUCCACCAUAUGAUGGACCAAACAAAAUGUGUAAGACCACUGCACAGGCUGACAUUGUGCUGCUGGUGGACGGCUCCUGGAGUAUUGGACGGCUUAACUUCAAGACCAUUCGGGCCUUCAUUGCUCGCAUGGUGGGAGUCUUUGACAUUGGUCCAGAUCGGGUUCAGAUUGGUCUUGCACAGUACAGUGGAGACCCAAAGACUGAAUGGCACUUAAAUGCUCAUAGGACACGAGACUCGCUCCUGCAGGCUGUGAAUAACCUACCCUACAAAGGAGGAAACACCUUGACAGGUCUGGCUCUUAACUAUAUCCUCCAGAACAAUUUUAAAACGAGUGCUGGGAUGCGACCUAGCGCCCGUAAAAUCGGCGUCUUGGUUACUGAUGGAAAAUCCCAGGAUGAUGUUAUCAUCGCCUCACAGAGCCUGCGCGAGCAGGCCAUUGAGCUGUACGCCAUUGGUGUGAAGAACGCAGAUGAGAAUGAGUUGAGGUCUAUCGCCACCGAUCCGGAUGAUAUCCACAUGUUCAACGUGGCUGAUUUCUCCUUCCUGUUGGACAUUGUGGACAAUCUUAGUGAUAACCUCUGUAACAGUGUGAAGGGGGGAGGAGCUCCAGAUUCAGCCACUGAUCUGGUGACAUCAGAGGUAACUCACCAGUCCUUCAGAGUCUCCUGGACUGCCCCUGAAGGCCCAGUGGAAAGAUACCGUGUGGAGUAUAUGACUGUGUCAGGAGCACCACAACAGGUGUUUGUUGAUGGUAGUACGACAACCGUGGUUCUCCAAGGCCUCACCCCUCUGACACAGUACCUGGUCAACGUCUACUCAGUUGUGGGAGAAGACAGCAGUGAUCCACUAAAAGGAACCGAAACCACACUGCCUAUGAGCGCUGUGAGGAGGAUGACCAUUUAUGAUAAACAGACAACCACCAUGCGAGUCAAGUGGGAGGAGCCACUAGGCGCCAGUGGGUACAUGCUGCUCUACAGCGCCAUCAAUGCCACUCAGCCCACCGUUGAGCAGGAGAUGAGAGUUGGAGCAGGUACAGCUGAUGUCCAGCUGGUGAGAUUACUCCCCAACACAGCCUACACAAUCUCUCUCUUUGCCCUGUACGGAGAAACACCCAGUGAACCACUGACCCAGCAGGGAGUCACCUUGCCCAUGCCGCCAGCUGGUGAACUGAGAGUUCGUGAUGUUACCCACAGCACCAUGGUGCUGUACUGGGAUGCUGCUCCUGGAGCUGUUCGUAAAUACCUCAUCACCUAUCAGCCUGAAGAAGGCGAUGCUAAAGAACUUGAAGUGGGAGGAAGAGUGACAGAGAAACAACUGGAGAACCUGAUUUCACAGACUGAGUACACUUUAGCCGUCACUCCAAUUUAUGACGAGGGAGCUGGGCAGCCAAUGACUGGAUCUGCCAUCACAGAUGUGGUUCCAGCACCAAAGAACCUAGAGUUCUCGGAAGUUACCCAAACCAGCUUCAGAGCAACCUGGGAACACGGGGCCCCUGACGUGGCUCUUUACCGCAUUGCCUGGUCUAAGAAAGGAGAAAAUAACUUCCAAGAUGCCAUUCUGAACAGCGAUGAGACGACCCAUGUCAUGGAGGACUUAGAGCCAGACACGCCAUAUGACGUGCACGUGACUGCAAUUUACCCAGAUGAGUCAGAGAGUGAGGAUCUGAUGGGCACUGAGAGAACAUUGACCAAGGAUGAUGGUAGACCAAUGCCAAGAGCACCUCCCACCAACUUAGUUGUGUACAAUGAAACCACCACCACUCUGAAUGCCAGGUGGACACCACCUUCGGGCCGUGUCCAGAACUACAGAAUCACCUAUGUCCCCACGGCUGGAGGCAGGAGUCAGACAACUCAGGUUGGAGGCAAAAAGACCAAUGUCCUGCUUCCCAAGCUGACCCCUGACACUGAGUACUCAAUUAGCGUGGCUGCAAUUUACGCCAAUGGAGCCAGCAAGGACCUGAAUGGGCUUGGAAAGACCAAGCCUUUGGGUGGUGUUAGAAACUUAAGAGUAACCGACCCUACUACCAGUACACUGAACGUCCAGUGGGAGCCUGCUGAGGGGAAUGUACGUCAGUAUAAGAUCUACUACAUCCCUGCAGCUGGAGGAACAGAAGAGAUGGUCCAAGUACCAGGAAGCACUUACAACACUGUUCUGAAGAAUCUGGAUUCUGAUACAGUCUACACUGUAUCUGUGGUCCCAAUUUAUGCUUCCGGAGAGGGUCUUCGCUUGUCUGAAAAUGGCAAAACAUUGGAGCGGAGUCCCGUCAGGAACAUUAAGGUCUUCGACCCCACAGUCAACACUUUGAAUGUUCGCUGGGAGGCAGCCACAGGGCCAGUCCAACAGUACAGGGUGGUCUAUGCUCCUCUUACUGGUGCCAGGCCUUCUGAGUCGAUUUUGGUACCAGGCACCACAACCACAGCUCUUCUGACACAGCUGCUCCCAGAAACUGACUAUAAUGUUGGAGUUGUUGCCAUUUACAGCGACGGAGAGGGACCCACUGCUAGUGAUGUUGGAAAGACACUGUCCCGGAGUGGCCCAAGAAACAUGCGUGUAUAUGAUCCCACCACCACAUCUCUUUCUGUUAGCUGGGAACACGCAGAAGGUCCUGUUGUCCAAUAUCGCAUCACAUACGCCCAGACUACAGGAGACCCUAUUGAGGAAUAUGUUGCAGUUCCAGGCAACAGAAACAACGUGGUCCUGCAGAACUUGGAUCCAGACACACCGUACAAUAUAAAAGUGACUGCCAUCUAUGCUGACGGACCAGGGGGAGAACUGGAAGGAGAUGGACGCACAGUGGGAAUGCUGGGCCCCAGAAACCUCCGUGUUUCCGAUGAGUGGUACACUCGCUUCAGGGUGUCAUGGGACCCCGCUCCAUCCAGGGUUAAUGGAUACAAGCUCAUCUACCAGCCUGAGGGCACUGAUGACUCCAUGGAAGCAUUUGUUGGAGAUGUGACCUCCCACCAGCUACAGAAUCUAAAACCUGGAACUACCUAUGACCUGAAGGUGGUGGCACAGUACAACACAGGCUUCAGUGGACCUCUGACUGGUCAAGGAACCACAUUGUAUCUGAAUGUGACUGACUUGUCCACCUACAAUGUUGGAUAUGAAUCUUUCUGCAUCCGUUGGGCCCCUCACAGAUCAGCCACAUCAUACAGACUGAAAGUCAACCCAUUUGACACCUCUAAGAGAGGAACUCAGGAAGUCACAGUACGAGGAUCAGAGAGCAGCUAUUGUUUUGACGGUUUAAGCCCUGACACUCUUUACAAUGCCACUGUGUUCACCCAAACACCCAACUUAGAGGGACCUGGAGUCAGUGUCAGGGAGAAAACAUUGGUCAAACCCACCGAGGUGCCAACCGAGCCUCCUACUCCUCCUCCUCCAGCUUCAGUGCCACCUGCUUUAGAUGUAUGCAAAGGUGCCAAAGCAGACCUGGUCUUUUUGAUCGAUGGCUCCUGGAGUAUCGGAGAUGAUAGCUUCAACAAAGUCAUCCAGUUCACCACAAAAAUGACUGCAGCUUUUGAUGUCAUCAGCCCCGAAGGCAUGCAGGUUUCAUUCGUGCAGUACAGCGACGAUGCCAAGACUGAGUUUAAGCUUAAUACCUACCAUGACAAGGGAAUCGUGAUAUCAGCUAUGCAGUCAGUUCGCUACAGAGGAGGCAACACCAAGACUGGUAUUGCUUUGAAGCAUGUCUACGAGAAAGUGCUCACGUCAGACAGCGGCAUGAGGAAAAAUGUCCCAAAAGUGCUGGUUGUUGUCACAGACGGCCAAUCCCAGGAUGAAGUUAAGAAGAGUGCAGAAAAACUGCAGCACUCAGGCUAUAGUGUGUUUGUGGUUGGAGUUGCUGAUAUUGACAUGAGAGAACUGACGGCUAUUGGCAGCAAGCCCUCCGAGCGGCACGUGUUUGUCCUCAACGACUAUGACGCUUUUGACAAAAUCCAGGAUAACCUCAUCACUUUCAUCUGUGAAACCGCCACAUCCACUUGCCCUCUAAUCUACAUCAAUGGAUACACCACACCUGGCUUCAGAAUGCUCGAAGCUUUCAACAUCACAGACCGAACAUUCGCUGGCUUGAAUGGGAUCUCCAUGGAGCCCGGUUCUUUCAACAGCUUCAUUGCCUACAGGCUGCACAAAGACUCCUACCUGAACCAACCCACCAAGGAGAUUCAUCCAAAUGGUCUUUCCCCAUCUUACACCAUCAUCCUGCUUCUCCGCAUCCUGCCUGAUACACCCUCUGAACCUUUUGAUAUCUGGCAGAUUGCUGACAAAAACAACAACCCUGAGGUUGGAGUCACAAUGAACCCCUCCACCCAAACGCUCACGUUCUACAACAAGGACACCCGAGGAGAGAUUCAGAGAGCUGUCUUUAAUGAAGCACAAGUGAAGCGAAUUUUCCAUGGCAGUUUCCAUAAGAUCCACAUUACCAUCUCACCAGAAAAAGUCAAACUCACUGUGGACUGCCAAGAGGUGGCAGAGAAACCAAUCAAGGAGGCCAACAACAUUACACUGGAGGGCUACGAAGUGCUUGGCAAGAUGGUCAAGACGUCAGGUUCAAAGAAGGCCUCAGCAACAUUCCAGCUCCAGAUGUUCGAUAUUGUCUGCAGCUUGAGCUGGAUCAGCCGAGACAAAUGCUGUGAGCUGCCAGCCACACGAGAUGAAGCCAAGUGUCCUUCCCUUCCCCACUCCUGUACUUGUACACAGGACAGCAUUGGCCCCCAGGGGCCUCCUGGACCUUCGGGCAGCCCAGGUACUAAAGGACCUCGAGGAGAUAGAGGACAAAGUGGCAACCCUGGUCAAAUGGGUCCACGUGGUGAGCCAGGAAUCCCAGGCGCGAUGGGACCACCAGGUCCACAAGGCCCUACAGGACUUUCUCGGCCUGGAGAACCUGGUCGCCCAGGACCUAAGGGAGAUCGUGGAGAUUCAGGCAUUACUGGUCUGCAAGGUCCUCCUGGGCCACGCGGUCCUCUGGGUCCAGUUGGAUCAAACGGAGCUCGGGGGCCACCAGGAAAAGAGGGGCCAUCUGGACCCAGAGGCCCACCAGGGCCCAUGGGAAACCCUGGAAAUCCAGGUAUACCAGGAAUCACUGGCAAACCAGGCAAACCUGGAGACCCAGGAAGCACAGGACCUGCUGGCCUUAAAGGAGAAAAGGGAGAGAGGGGAGACUUUGCAUCUCAGAAUAUGAUGCGUUCCAUUGCCAGACAAGUUUGUGAACAGCUUGUGAACAGCCAGAUGAGCAGAGUUGACGGGCUGCUCAACCAGAUUCCCUCCGAAUUUCGCAGCAACACUCCCGGGCCUCCUGGUCCUCCUGGCCCACCUGGCAACCCCGGAUCCCGAGGAGAGCCUGGACAGCCUGGGAGAUCUGGAUUCCCUGGAAGCCCAGGAUUACCCGGAAAUCAAGGAGAAAGAGGUUUACUAGGAGAGAAAGGAGAAAGAGGACCUCCAGGAAAUGAUAUUAGAGGACAAAGAGGCCCAGCUGGACCUCCAGGGCCACCAGGAGAGUCGAGAACAGGCCCCCCAGGUCCUUCUGGCUCCUCUGGGCCUCGUGGGCCUCCAGGCCGUCAAGGCAUUUCAGGUGUGAGGGGACCGCCAGGACCCCCUGGAUACUGCGACUCCUCUCAGUGUGUAGGCAUUCCUUACAAUGGACAAGGAUACACAGCCAUCGGCUACCAGCCUGCACCUGAGGUAGAGUCUAUACCUGUGGAGCCAGUUGGAGAGUUUGAGACAAUACAGUCACGCGGUGACUCCAGAGGCCAGCGAAGACAGAGAUCACUACAAUCAGACAAUACAGGAAGACUGGCAUCAUAGCUACAAACAGGAUUCCUCAGAAUACAUAAUUCUUAAACACUUUAAUGAGGGUACACAGAACAAAACUAAUACUCAUAUGGGUUUGAUACCUCUGGCUCUAUUGAACAUACAUCUAUCUAUCUAUCUAUAUAUAUAUAUAUAUAUAUAUAUAUAUAUAUAUAUAUAUAUAUAUAUAUAUAUAUAUAUAAUUUUUUUUUUUGACAUGAGAAAGUAUAGCAAGAUUACUAGAAGGCUUUGCUACAAACCUGUGUGCUUGCUAAGUGUCCCUUCAAUGUCUGCAUGUAAUAUAUCUGCGAGUGUUCAUUAGACUCUAGUUUGUAAAGCACUAAUCAUGUGAAAAACCAAGAAAGUAGUUCAAUAUUUGUGUUCGUAGACAGUAACAAAAUGCCUGCAUUGUUUCAGUCCGAUUUCAAAAUGUUAAGCUGUUUCAGAUCCUUCAUUGGUUGCAAAACAAACAAUUUUAUGCUCAACGAUUUCAAUAUUGUGCCAUUUUUUUGCUGCCUCUAAGCAAUGAGGUAAUCUGACUAACUGUAACAAAUCAAAUUUGUUUUUCUUUUUUUUGUUGUGUUACCAAAUGUCAAAUUGCAUGAUUAUGUUGUAUAUUUACUGAAGUCAGAGUAUAGUUUUUGGUUUUGUUUUUCUGUCAAGGCAGUUUGGAUUUGGUGGCAAAACUAUGGAUAUAGGAUUGCUUUGUUUAACUGUUUCAACUGCACAUUUUGUGAAUUUACACGCAGCCUUAUUUUCUUAUUUAUUUCUGAAACGGAAGAGGCAUUUUUCAAUAAAACUACUGAAAAUGUUA